CUAACUCACCGCCAGUCGAGCUGUCACUAUCACGCUCACCAUUUUACACGACUCACGGCUAUUGGAAGCAGAAAAGACAAUCCCGACAGUGAAUUGUCGGUUAUUUCUUCGUUUUCAAUCGAGGAAUAUUAAGUGGAACGCAGAGCCAAGGGCGUGCCCGUGACGUGGUCUGCCGUUCUCUUUCUCGUGUUGUACCAGUCGUCUACAAUUCGACCUUUUAAACAAUAAAAACAGCCAAAAAUCGAGUGAAACUUUAAGCAACGCACGUUAAAUAUCGUCACUGCCACUUUCCACGGAUUAACAGAUAAUCUGGUAAUCUCAAAGCGAUUCUGGUUGACAAGUCAACGUUGUCCAGCGUCAAAUUACGUGUUUUCCCGUUCGGCAAAGUCCUGAUUUCACCGCUCUUACGUCCAACUCAACUGAAAAUGGACUCGCCAUCAUCUUCAAGUCUUGCUGGAAAUGUACACGACAUUCAGUUUGAUCACAAAAAUUUUAUGUACUAUGCAUUUGAAAGGUGUGAUGCCUCGUUAGCUCAGCUGUUCUUGAAGUCUGAUGACCCAAAAAAAUACAACGGACCGAUGCCACAUCAUAUUGAUGCUUUGCUUCAAUUAGCUUCUGGUCUCGAACACAUUCAUUCCAAGAAUUUAGUUCACGGAGACAUCCAACCAGAAAAUGUCCUGAUCUCGGUAGGAUCUGCUGGCAAAGAUGAGACAACUCUCAGAUGGGCAAACGUUGGACAAACCAGAAACGUCAGUGAACGAGGAAAAGGGAAAACACAUCAACUCGGGGGAAAUAACGCGUGGUUAGCUCCUGAGUUGCUGUCGCUUAAACUAAACAGCAACGUAAAAGAAAACAAUUACAAAGAGGCUGCCAAGAGCGACGUCUUUGCACUAGGACUCGUUUUUGGAAGUCUAUUCUUGAACGGUGAACAUCUCUACGGUUCCAUAGAAAAUGAAAAAGAAAUUUCCCAAAACAUAAUUAAAGGGAAUCCCAUCAACCUGCAAAAUCUUGACUCAAUUUUAGAAAUCGAUGGCAAAUUACGCGACUGUUACGAGAAUGACCUAUUGAAAAAAAUGUUGGAAAACGACACUGGUAAAAGGAUGACAUCAACACAAGUGGUCGACCAAUUAAAAUCGAUCAAAGAUAAGAUUGCUGGAAAAGAAAAUGAAUUGCUUGAAUUGUGUGGGCGUGACAAUCGAUUGGAUCUAACGGAAAAUAUUCAAAACUUCAUUCAGUUCGGAAUUAAUGUGAACGCAAAGGACAACGGUGGAAGGAAUGCGCUCCAUCUUAUGUGUCAAAACUAUUCCAGCCCGAAAUUAAUCGACGCAAUUCAACUUCUCAUCGAAAACAAAACCGACGUGAAUGCAAAGGACAACGAUGGAUUGAAUGCAAUUCACUUUUUGUGUCGAUACCAUUCAAGCCAAAACUUAAUUAAAGCAAUUCAAAUCUUGAUUCAAUUCGGAAUCGACGCGGAAGCAAUGACCAACGAUGGAUCAAAUGCUCUUCAUUAUUUGUGUCGAUACAAUGCAAGCCAAAAUUUAAACGACGCAAUAAAAAUUUUCACCAAGCUCGGAUUGGAUCUCAUGACAGAGGACAACAACGGAUGGGAUGCAUUAUUUUAUUUGCGUAACAAAGAUAAGAAGGAAAUGAAAAUUUGGUUCGACCGCGAUGCUCUUCUCGGGCGAGGUGGCUUUGGAUUAGUAUUUAAAGGAAAGUUUGGAGGUCGUGAAGUCGCAGUAAAAAGAGUUGAAUUACGCCAUGUCGACAAAAGAGAAGAAGAAGCAAUGCUCAAGUUAGAACAUCCAAACAUCGUCAAACUUCUUCACUGUGAAAAGGACAACGACUUUAUGUACUACGCAUUGGAAUUAUGUGUCGCUUCUUUAGAUCAACUGUUUUUGGAGUCGGAUGAUCCCCAAAAAUACGAAGGACCCACGCCACGUCAAAUCAAAGUUUUUUCCCAAUUAGCUAAUGGACUGGAAUACAUCCAUUCAAAGAAAUUAAUCCAUCGAGACAUUAAACCGUGUAACAUCCUCAUCAUGAAAAGUCCUGGCAAAUAUCAAGAGAUAAUAAUCAAAUGGUCUGAUUUUGGACUGGCCAAAUCCGUCAAUGAAAAGGGAUUACACUCGUGGACUGGGGUGAAAGGAACCAAAACUUGGUACGCACCCGAAGUGCUGGAAAAACUCAUCAACGGAGAAAAGGCGAAAGAGGAAGAGUUUUGGGGCACCGUCAAGAGCGAUGUGUUUGUCCUGGGACUCAUUUUCGGUUAUCUUUUCUUGAAGGGAGAACAUCUUUACGGUUCCAGCAAAAAAGAAAUUCAUGAAAACAUAAUUGAAAAAAAACCGGUGAAUAUGCAAAAAAUUAAUGGUGAAUUGCGCAAAUAUUAUGAGGAUGACUUACUAAGGAAAAUGUUGGAAGACGACCCGCAAAAAAGAAUAAAUUCGAAAGAAGUCGUCGAACAACUGGAAUCCAUCAACAAUAAGCUCACUGAAAAAGAAAAAGAAUUGCGUCAACUAUGUGCCCGUGACUCUUCGUCUGGUCUAAUAGAAAAAAUCAACGACUUAAUCCAACUGGGAAUUGAUGUCAAUGCAAAGAACAACGAUGGAUGGAAUGCGCUCCAUUUGUUGUGUGGAAACAAUUCAAACUCGAAUUUAAUCGACGCAAUUCGACUCUUAAUCCAACUGGGAAUUGAUGUCAAUGCAAAGGACAAAUAUGGACAGAAUGCGCUCCAUUAUUUGUGUCGGAACAAAUCAAACUCGAAUUUACUCGACGCCAUUCGACUCUUAAUCCAACUGGGAAUUCCUGUCGUAUCCGAUGGCCACGAUGCGCGCUCUAUUUUACGCAGCAAUUAUAGAAUAGAGAACGAGGACGAAAUCCUAAAACUACUGGACGAAGCAGCUCUCGUUUGAAUCCUGACUCAUUUCCUGGCGAUGCAAAGCGCUUAGUCGACGGUGACAUUAAAAUAGGCGAGUGUCUCAUACUCGAAAUCUUUAACCACUAAAAUUGUAAAAUUUCUCGCUUUCUCUGCUGUAACACACCGACUGUUUGACUUUUCCUUUCAAAAAUACAAAAAUGUGACUGAA